AUGAGUACCAAAGUUGUCGUUAUGACGGAAAUUAAAAUUAGGAAAAUUAGUGAAACAAAUGAUACCGAAAGUGCGGCCGACUCUGUGCUCACUAACAAUACAACAAACGGGUUAACAGAAUUGUUUAUAUCGUCAAAAGUAUUCAAUUAUAAAUCAGAUUAUAAUCUGCAAAAUGCAUACGAAUUGAUGAAUUUGAAUGAAAUUACCGACACUUGCAAUAAAUACUGGGACAGAGAUGUCGAGGAUCUGAUCUCUUUGACUAAAAACAUCAAUUCAUUCAAUAGUCUGUGUUUUAACGAUCAGUUGGCACUCAUUAAGUACGGCUGCUUUGAAAUACUUAUACUCCGGUAUUCAAUACAUUAUGACAUUAAUACCGAUUACUGGACGUGGGUUUGGUUGACAGCAAUACUACUGUUUGAUCCAAACCGGCCAAAUAUAAUGCACAGGGAUGUUGUGAAUGCCAUUACUUGUGACUCUUGUAGAGUAUUCUUCAGGAGAAAUAUCAAUAAAAAUAAAGUAUCAAAGUGUCGAUUUGAUGGCAAUUGUAUUAUUGAUAUGAAAUCACGGAAACGCUGUACGAGUUGUCGGAUGAAAAAAGAUGUCGAGGAUGUGAUUGCUUUGACCAAAAAUAUAAUGUCAUUCAAUAGCCUGUGUUUUAACGAUCAGUUGGCGCUCAUUAAGUACGGGUUAAUUGAGAUUGUUUUACUCCGGUAUUCAAUACUAUACUAUAUAAACACCGAUUACUGGACGUGGGCUUAUAAAUCAGUGGAUGAAAAGCCGAACAGCAAUUAUAUAUUUAUUUACUCCAAAGAUACCUUAAAAUAA